AUGGACACCACACAAGAUGCCAUUCGCUACCAUUGCAAUAGUCACGGAGGUGUCACUGAUGGUUGGCGUCCGGAAGAGCGGUUGUGGAUUGGUGACCACGGAGACGUCUGGAAGGAAAAGGCUGUGUAUCCUCCCUCUCUAUCCAAGGUGCGCGCAGUCAAGAAGAUCAACAAGGAACAGACGAACUUCAGUCAGUCAUCACAGCGAGAGCUCCAUGCCCUCACAACGUUCUCUGGGGACACAGUGGCAGAGCGCUACAUUGAUGAGGAAAAAUUCCUUACUGAGCCCGAGGCAGCCAUAGUUACCCGACAAGUUGCCACAGCUUUGCAGUAUAUGCACAUCAACGACUUCACCCACAGAGAUCUUAAGCCUUCAAACAUCCUCAUCUCUUCAAAGGGACCCUCAUGGCACGUCAAGCUAGCGGACUACGGAAUAUCCAGAAGGACAACUGGCGCACCGGUGUCCACCGAGUACAUCCACACCAGCGGAUACAUCGCUCCUGAGUUAGUCGAUACGUCAGAGAAUUAUACUGCUGCGGUGGACGUGUGGGCAUUGGGAGCCAUAGUCUUUUGUAUGUUGACGGGCGCUCCGCCAUUCCACAAGCGCGACGACAUGCUUGAAUACUGUGCAAAGAUGAGACAGUUUCCCACCCGCUCAUUGCGUACAUCGACGGGAGUAACGUGUAUCGACAUAAUCCUGGGAGCUAUGGAGCCGGUGCCGGCAGAGAGGCUGUCUAUCUCAGAGGUCUUGGAACAUGACUGGCUUGCUGUCAAGACUCCGAUUGCUAGCGAAACCCAUUAG